GUUGUUGUUGUCAGAAAGACGACUAUUUUGAAAGUUAUACCCAGAGAGUUACCGCGGAAGAUUGCUCAUUUCAAGGAAAUUGGGAGACAGCAGUGAGAUUGUGUCAGUGGUGAGCUAGGAUAUAGACUGUGAGAAGUUUAAAGUCCACCUUCUUUUAAAACCACAAUGUCUGAACAACGUGCAGUUCCCCUUUGUCUUCCGAACAACUAUAAAUGGGACGCACAGACAGGGGAGUACAGCAUGAGUGGUGGCUCCAGAGAAAGCCUUUGUGUUAUUGACGCAGCUAUAGAGAGGCUUAAGAGCAUCAAAGGUCCAGUAUGCGUGGUUUCAAUCGCUGGUCCUUAUCGCGGAGGAAAAUCGUACAUCAUUAGUAAAUUAUUCGAUCAGGGAGAAGUGUUUCGUCUUGGACAUUCUAUGGAUCCGGAAACCGUGGGAAUCUGGAUGUGGAUUGUUCCAGAUAAGUUUAAGGACUCCAAUGGACAGGAGUUCACAGUGGUUUUGCUUGACUCUGAAGGCACAGACGCUGCGUCGAGUGAUGGAUCAAACGAGCACUGUAUUUUUACACUGAUAGUCCUUCUGGCUUCGGUACUGAUAUACAACUCUCCGGGUGUACCGAAAAAAACUGAUGUUGACCAACUAGACUUUAUCGCGAAACUUUCUGAGCGAGUUCAACUUUAUGCACAAACGAGUGAUCCACCUAGUGGAGAAGGUCUGCGGGCUGAUGCAAAUCGAUUUCAUAAAACAUUUCCCUUCUUCAUCUGGCUGCUGCGAGAUGCUAGGCUAUAUCUUCCAGGGGACUGUCACAGUAUCAAGGAUUUCUUUCUGAAAAGGAUUUUCAAGUCCGAUCCAACUUUAAAAUGCAACCAAUCAAAUCAAGUGGCAAAGAGUAUCUUGAACUUCUUCCCUGGGUUUGACGCUUUCAAGGUUCCUCCGCCUCCAUCAAACGAACAACUGACAGCGAAACCUAACAGAGACGAGGUGCAGCAAGACCUCCAAGGGCCGUUUUUCCAAGGAGUUCAGGAGUUCAAGGCACUGCUUAGGUCUAAGCUAUCAGCUAAGCGCAGUUUUAACGAUGGAGAAUACGUAACUGGUGAAGCUCUUGCAGCUCUCGUUAAUAUUUACGUUUCCGCCUUGAACACUCGUGGUGCAGUACCCAAUGUGCAGAGUGCGUGGGAGACCUUUGUGCACACCAAGUGCGCUGAGGCGAAACUUGCCGCCUUAAAGGCGUAUAAAAGUGUAAUGACGUCAAAGCUUGCUGGCGUACUGCCCUGUGACAGCGAUAACAUUCGCCAGGUUCAGGAAAGAGCUAUUGGAGAAAGCAUGAGGAUUUUUAAGAAAGAAACUGUUGGAGUUUCCCUCUCGAGUAGCGUGAAUUAUUUGGAUGAGCUCGUGGGGAAUAUGAACGAAUCGUUGAAACGAUGGCAGGAUAAGAACAAUCGACUGACGAAAGAACAAUGCUCUAAACUGCUGCGGGAAUUGAAAAAAAACCACUUGGACCCCAUUCUGAGGGAGCUACGCGGUAAGGAUGGAGUAUCAAUGAGCUUUGAUCGGAUCGUUGGAGGCUACUCAGAAAUUGAACAGGGAUUUAAACGUAAAGCGAAGGGAGCCAAGGACGUCUGCGCUCAAGAGUUUUACGAUUUUCAUCCGGAAAUGCAGGAGGAGAUGAAGCACCACAUGGCGCAUCUAAAAAACCUGAAAGACUUCGACGAGUCUUUGGCUUUCGAAAGACAAGAAAAGGCUCGUCAGGAGCGGGAGAGACAACGAAUAGAGGAAGUAAAUGCUCGGUUGGAAGAGGAGCGGCGUGCGAAAGAAAAAGAGAUGGAAAUUCUAAAAGCUAAGCAAGAGGAAGACAGGAAACGCUUGGAAGUGCAGUUUAAAGCGGACAUGGAAGCCCAGAGAGAGCAAAUGCACAACAUGAUGACAGCAAACAUGAAUGUGCUUCAAAAGGAUCGAGAGGCAAUUCUCCAGCAGAAUCAAACCUCUAAGGAGAUGAUGGAGCGGACGCAGCUGUUAAUGGAUGAAAGAAAUGACCAAAUUGUCGAGCUUCAAAAGCAAAUUAUUGCUCUUCUUAAAGGGCCACCUUCUCCCCCACCAAAGAAAGGAAUUUGUGUUAUUUCGUAAAAGCACGGUCAGUUUAACUUUCACAUAACACCUGACUCCGAAGAUUUAAAGUUUCUUUUGUUCAAAAGGUGCUGCUAAUGGUGAAAUAAGCAACUAUAACCAUGUAACGGGCUAUAAAAAUCCUGUAAGUUGCAGUGGACUGCCGGUGAUAUAAACGACUACUGUCGAAGCCCAUCAUAUAAUCUCUAUUUCUUAAAAGUUACUAACCGUUCUUUCAGAAGCUUACUCACCUCUAGAAAGCUGUGGAAUAUAUCUCUGUUAUAACUGAAUCGAUUACAAUA